AUGGUGUUCAAAUCGGUCGUAUACGUUUUGGUGUCUAUUCAACUGGUCGUUUGUGCGCUGCCCAACUCGUUUGAAAUGCCAUCCAAUGGAGUGCUACCGAAUCCUGUAACGUAUUUUGAAGGCGUACAAAACGAAAACAAAACAAAUGCUGGACGCUCACACGAGGCUAGAUUUGGAUACAUACCGUCAUCUUUUGGCGGAUCAUCAACUGGAAUGGGUGGAUAUCAAGGUAAUUCGGUCAGUAGCUAUGGAUCCAAUAAAAUUGAUAUAGGAGGUCUGGUUGUUGGCGCUGUAGUCGGGCUUGGAAUUUUAAUUUUCAUCCCGAAAAUUCUUUACUUACUAUUUUCGACAACUAAUCUUUUUGGUGCUCAUCCAGUCGGCACCGGUUACUCAGGAUAUGGAAGGAGUGAGGAUCUAAUGUCUGGUUUAAAUGGUAUAGUCACAAAGUUUGAAGAGUCCAUGUCCAAAUACAAUAUAAAUACAACAGAAUGUAUGCAAAAAGCACUGUGCACUUAUAUACAGUCCACGGAACAAGUUAAAGAAAAAUCAGGAAUAAAUAAUUUUGUAGACACUUCAAUUAAUACUUUAACACAGAAUUCUGUAAUGAAUUUUAUGAUUGAUGGUUCGAGAUUCAAAGCAGCUCUUGAAGCCGGGAAGAAUGGAGAGUGUACGACUGCCUACAGACAAUGUCCGUUCGACCAAAAUAGCAUUUAUAUGUUCUUAAGACAAAUUUCAACUAAAAAGUAA